AUGGUUUUCUACGCAUAUGUAAAACAGAGCACCGACACCUGGAGCUAUCGAUACGUAAUGGCCUUUGCUAGCCACGAGGUUGCCGACGAGUGGUGGCGUGCCGUGUCCACUUCCUCCGUCGUUAGUUUCGCGAACAGUAUCCGGCGUGUUAACGCCCAAUUCUACCUCCAUGACGUGAACCAGGCCAACGCGGCCAACUCCCUCGUCACGGCUGGGGUUGCGACUGAAUUCCUCAACAAGGUGAUUUUCUUGUUGAUGGACGACCUAGGUGGUCGCCAGUUGAGCGUCAUCCCGUCGCCUGAUCAUCUUGUGGACCACAUCAGUGGGAACUCUUUCUUCAUUCGCUCCAAAACCUCCCCUUACGAGUACUGGUACUGUCCCCUGUUGUGUGACGGCACAGCCUCAAAUGAGGUCUAUGUUUCGCGCAACGAACGCACUCGCUUCCGUGUUGAUAUCAGCAACAAGGGCAGUGCAGGGAUCGUCAUGAUUGGCUCUGACGAGAUCGCUAUCACAUUGCCCACCAUCAGUCUGUCCAUUCACAUCACUGACGGCGGUCAAGUGAUUCUUUCCCCUGCUCCUCAGGUGGGGUUGAAGUUUAGCGACCUUUUGAACAAAUUCACUGUGGGGCCCCCCUCUAAGAGCGAUCCGAGCUUGAAGGAGCUCUUCUACACGGAUAAUGGGGAAGACUGGGAACUUGCUUGA